AUGCUAUCCGCCCUAGUGGAUAUCUCCAACAGCUCGGUAUUUACGCUCACUUUUGGGAGUUUGUGUCUCUGGUAUUUUUACGAAUCUCUUUGUUCAUGGUACCGGCUCCGACAUAUCCCCACUCCAUCUGUACUAGCCUCAUUUUCAUACUUGUGGCUCGGACGCCAUACUUUUAGUGGGAAGCAGUAUUGGGUACAUCGCGAGCUACACGCCGAACAUGGCCCGUUUGUGCGGAUCGGACCAAAUGAAGUCAUGACGGACGAUGUGAGCGUGAUCAAGCAGAUAUGCUCAGCACGUAGCGCCUAUCAGCGGAGUUCAUGGUAUCAGACCGGACGCUUCAACCCUUAUCACGACAACCUCCUCUCAAUUCUUUCGACACCCGCACACAGAGAGCUGAAAACAAGGCUUUUGACCGCUAUUGGUUCACGAGAAAAUCCGGGAAUUGAGCAAGCGAUAGAUGAGCAGGUCAAAACACUAAUUCGUGUGAUUCGUACACGAUAUGUAGGAGUUCCAUCUAAGGAAAAGCAGCCGCUGCUAGACUUGGGCCCUAUCUCAUUGUUUUUUACUAUGGACGUUACAACGCGUCUUGUCUUUGGGCGAGAAAUCGGAGAUAUGGAAGAUGAAACAGAUCACUCCGGGUUUUUGAAGCAUGUUGCAGACCUCUGGCCUCAGAUGUCGACUUCAGCUGAUGUACCUUGGAUACGCAAGGUUAUCUUCUCUCCGUUGUUCCUGAGACUUCUGGGACCAAAGGUUUCUGAUGAGAAGGGCUUCGGUAAACUCAUGGCGCUUGCUGAACGCCAUGUCGAAGAACGAUUCAAGACUGGGUAUAAAGAUGAAGUACAAGAUAUGUUGGAACUGAAAGCACCGCUAUACUCACGGCUAAAAGAAGAGAUCACUUCCGCAAUACGCGAUGGUAUUGUCUCCUCACCAAUAACAUUUGCUCAAGCCAAGAGACUUUCAUACCUUCAGGCGGUGAUAUACGAAGGCAUUCGGAUGCGCACCCCUCUACUCGGCUUAUGGCCCAAGUGGUCUGCUUCUGACGAAACGUUUCUUGGAGUAUUCAUUCCGGUGGGUACAUGUAUAUGCAUGAACACAUCUGCUUUACUGCGUUCUCCCAAAUUAUUCGGUCAAGACGCCGAUAUCUACAAUCCAGAGCGAUUUGUGUCUCUAGAUCAUGAAGCCCGUAUGGAGAUGGAGCAUCAUGUAGAGUUGGCUUUUGGAUCGGGGCAAUGGAUGUGUGCGGGAAAGAAUAUGGCCUUUAUGGAAAUCAACAAGAUCAUCUUCGAGUUACUACGAAACUUCGAUAUCCAGAUGGCUAACUCUAUGCUACCGCAUAAGAGCGAGAGCUAUGGCGUAUUUCUUGAGUCAAAUAUGUUUGUUAAAACCACAGAGAAUCUUAGCAGAUAA